AUGCAACCAGCUUAUAUGAAGAACGCCCCCAGUGAUUUUGUCGGUGUGGCUCAUGAAUCCGGCUGGAUGACUUCUGAUAACUUCAUUAAAUACUUAGAACACUUCAUUCGAUACACAAGGCCUAGCGAGGACAGCAGGAUUCUGUUACUUAUGGACAACAAUGCAAGUCACCUUACUUUGGAAGCGGUAAAUUUAUGUAGAGAGAAUUUCAUUACAUUAGUUGGAUUUCCACCACACACUAGCCACCGUCUACAGCCCCUAGAUGUGUCGCUAUAUGGUCCAUUAAAGACCGUUUACAGUAGAGCUAAAGCCUAUUUAAAAGUUGCUUCAGUAGCCAAUGCAAAAAGCGGAUUUCGCGCAACUGGUAUCGAACCAUUCGAUCCCGAUAUAUUUACAGCCUUAGAUUUUGUAACAGCGAAAACAACUGAAAUAGAACAGAAUACAGCAGAUAAACAUUUAGAAGCAUCUUUAAAUGUGGAAACAAAAACUCAAGAACAACGUCUAAAGGAAAACGAAGCAGGCAUAUCCACGCCAAUGAAAACGCAACCCAUUGCCUCAACUUCAAAAUCAACUAGUCCUAAAGAAGUGUUUGGUCUUCCACCCUUGCCUCGGGGUAGUCAAAAAAACCGUCGUCCAAGAAAAAAAUUACCUUCAUUGGUAAUUUCAAGCACCCCAGUUAAGAACGCAUUACAAGCAAAAAAUGAUGAGAAAAUUGAAAAAGAAAGAAAGAAAAAACUUCGAGAACAGGCUAAGAUAGAUAAAAAGAAAUGUAAGCUAGAAACCUCAGCAGAAACAGCCUAUGCUGACACUGACGAUGAUAUGGAUUUGGAAUUCGAAGAAGAUGAUAAGCUGUGCAUAAUCUGCAGUGAUAUGGGUAAGGAUAAUGAACUUUGGUUCCAAUGCUCAAAAUGUCGGGGCUGGGCGCAUUCACAAUGUACCACUUUGAAUCCUAAAGAAACUAAAGCUAAAACAUGA